CAAGUGUUUGUUUACAAAAAGGGAAAAAGACAAAGAAUUUAAAACCCUAGAGACGGUCCCCAACUAUUUAGAACACCCAUGAGGCCCUCAGGACUCCUCCGGAUCAACCUCUGCCUCUGCAGUGUGAAUAUUAGGAAACCCAUGGUUCUCACAAUACGUUCGCACCAGAAAGCAAUGGAAUUAGAUAAGCCUAGUGAUCAUCAGCACAAAGAUGAGGAAACUCAUCAUCUCUCUGGUGCUUAUAUCCGUAGCCUAGUGAAACAAAUAGCCUCUUCAAGAACCAAACAUCCCAUGAACCCCAAAGAACCUCAAAAUUUGACAGAAUUGGGUGAAGGUUGUGUGGAAACCCACCAAGCACAACAACCCCGACAACCUCAGCAACAUAAAAAACAAGUUAGAAGGAGACUCCAUGCCAGCAGGCCAUACAAAGAAAGGCUGCUUAACAUGGCUGAGGCUAGGAGAGAGAUUGCCACUGCUCUUAAAUAUCACAGGGAAGCCAUGAAACAAGCCAGCCAACAACAAAUGCAACAAACACAAUUACAACAACAGCCCCACCCAUGUUUUGAUCAUCAAGAAGAAGAAAUGAUGAAAUCUAGGAGAAAUUCCAGAGUAUACCCAUCAAGCAUAGCCAAUUUUUCUCAAUAUCUAGACAAUUUUUCUGCAGAAACUCUCAAUUUCACACUUCCAAAUCAGCCCUUAGGCCUGAAUCUCAAUCUUCAUGAUUUCAACUUUCCAUCACUUUACUCAUCAUCCUCAUCUCCAUCAUCAUCACCAUCAUCCUUGUUCCCCAAUCUUUCUGCGGCUGCUGAUCAGGAAAAUCCCUCGGUUGCAAUAUCACAGCAGGAAGUUGCAGCUGGUGGAAGUGAAGGAAGCUUGCAUGCAGCUAUGGACGAUGCAGAGAUGGCGGAGAUCAGAUCGGUAGGAGAACAGCAUCAGAUGGAAUGGAAUGACAUAAUGAAUUUGGAAUUCCCAGCUUGGUUGAAUGCAAAUGAUCAGAGCUAUUUGCAACAUCAUUUGAAUGAUUACUGCUCUGAGGACUACUUCCAAGAUCUUGCCUUGCCUCGAAUGGAGAUUGGAGAAAUCGAAGGUAUGGAUGGGGAGUGGUUAGCCUGACAAGGAUUGUUUGUCUUUUUUUCUAUGUUCUUUUUUUUCCUAUUUUGAUAAAAUCUUUGGGUCUAUUUUUUCUUUCCAUUAAAUUUUGGUAGUCCUAGAAACUUCUUCUUUUCAAUCUUGAUUAUAACUCCUGCAAAGAACUUAAAAGCAGGCAGGCUAUAGGGGGGAAAUAAUGUAAGAAAGAAAGGAGUAAGCUCUUCUCCUUUCUCACGCGGUUCUCUUCUUAUUUGUCAAUUUUUUAAGUUCCAGGAUGGCCUCCACUUCAUAUUAUGUACCUUAAUAUAAUCGAGUUUA